AUGUACAAAUACUUCAAGAAAGACAUUAAGUCGGACGUGAGUAUACAGACUUACCCCGAUGACUCAGCGGUGGAGACUGGCGAGACCGGUCACUCGUCAGCUUUCAAACAGUACGAGUCUCCUGAUGAAAAGCUGGGCCAACUCGAAUACACAAACUCCUCGUCCUCAAAGAUAGAUCCAGAGGACAACGGUGUCGGGGAACUCAAGCGUGGUCUCAACUCCAGACACGUCCAGUUCAUUUCCUUGGCCGGUGCUAUUGGCACUGGGCUAUUUGUUGGUUCCGGUGCCGCCCUCUCCAUCGCUGGACCCGCAGGAUUGCUAAUCGGCUACUUGGUGCUAUGUUUCUUUGUGUGGUCCAUCAUGAACCAGCUCUCCGAAAUGGUAACCUACCUCCCAAUCCCUGGUAAAUCUACCCCUUACGCCUUAUGCGACCGUUACACCGGCAACAAAUCCUUGGCCGUUGCCGCAGGGUUGAAUCUUUUCUAUGCUCAAGCCCUAUUGGCCCCUGCAGAAAUCUCCGCUGCCGCUUUUGUGAUCAAAUACUGGACUGACUUGAAUGUUGCUAUCUGGAUCAGUAUUUUUUGGGGAACCAUUGUCGCAUUAAACUUUUGUGCGGUGAAGGUGUUUGGUGAAAUCGAAUUCUGGAUUGCCUCCAUUAAGAUCAUCACAUUGACAGGCUUGAUUAUUGUUGGUAUCGUCAUCUUUUUUGGGGGUGCUCCUGAUUCUCACGGCGUCUUGGGUUUCCAUUACUGGAAGAAACCAGGAGCUUUCGUCGAACACUUGACUACAGGCAAUACGGGUAAGUUUUUAGCUUGUUGGAGUUCGAUAAUCAAAUCCGCUUUCGCUUUCAUCUUGUCUCCAGAAUUGAUUACCAUAUGUGCAGCAGAAGCGGAAGCACCAAGAAUCAACCUACCAAAAGCGGCAGACAGAUUUAUCUACCGUUUGUUUUUCUUCUACAUCUGUGGCGUCUUGGUCAUUGGCUGUAUCGUAGGCUCCAACGACAGCCGUUUGAUGAACGCCAUCAAUGAGGGCAGCUCAGGUGCAGCUGCCUCUCCUUUCGUCAUUGGUAUUCAGCUCGCAGGUAUCAAAGUCUUGAACCACAUCAUCAACGCUGCUAUACUUUCCUCGGCUUACUCCGCAGGUAACUCUUUCGUCUACGCUUCUUCUAGAACAUUGUUUUCAAUGGCGUCGAGAGGAGAUAUUCCACGGGUUUUUGGAAGAGUCAACAGAUGGGGUGUUCCUUACAACUGUGUUGCCUGUUCUGCCGCCGUCUGUUUACUUGCUUAUUUGAACGUCUCAGACUCCUCCAGUCAGGCCUUUACUUGGUUUUCUAACAUCUCCACCGUUUCCGGUUUCAUUGAAUGGAUCAUUGUUUCUAUCACUUACUUGAGAUUCAGAAAGGCCUUACAAUACCACAACAUGGACGAUAGAGUGACCUAUAGACCACCACUACAGAUCUUUGGAGCAUAUGCUUGUAUCUUCUUCUUCUCACUUGUCACCCUCACUAAUGGUUACGCUGUAUUCUUCGACUUCAAUGGUAGCGACUUCGUUGCUGCUUACAUCACCAUUCCAAUUGUCCUGUUCAUCUACGCUCUCCACGCCGUAUGGACGAGAAACUGGAAAUGGAUGGCACCACCAGAGGAAAUCGAUGUCACUACGGGAUUAGCAGAAGUCGAAGAAGAAACUAGAAAUUACGUCCCUGCUGUUCCAAAGAACAUCCUCCAAAGAAUAUGGUUCUGGGUCGCGUGA